GUGAGCCUCCCUGCUGCAAAGUCUGAAUCCUUUGCAGACACUCAGAAAGUUGCACCGUUGGAGCCUGUGUCCCCAGCGCCGAGCACACCUGCUCGACCUUCGCUUCAGGAGUACAGUCAAGACAGGCAGCCCACUUUUGGCUUCACAGACACUGAAGGCGGCAAGGAAAGCAACAAUAAUGAAGCAAAGGCAACAGAGAAGCAGCAGGAAGAAACGCCUCAGCAGGACAACAAGGAGCAGGAAAAGAACGAGGAGCGGGAGCAGGAAAGGAACAACCGGCAGGCAAAGAAGGAGCGGCAAGAAGAGAAGAUGCAACAGGAAAAGAAGCAGCAGCAGCAGGACAAGGAGCAGCAGGAAGAGAAGGAGCAGCAGGAGCCCAACUCAAAAAACGACAAGCACACAAGCGAAGACGAGCAGGAUGGAUGCUCACUCUCGGAGACAGAAAUUGAAAGCAAUGAUGUGCCGGAGAGCUACGCACUAAGCUUGCUUGAUAGCAAGGGAAAGAGCAUUCCACUGGGCACCAUUCCAGUGCAAGGGGAUGCCAAGGCUCAGGCUCCACCGCAGAACCACACUUCCCUCUCACACGGCGCCAUUGACAAGCGCCUCAGGCGCGUCUUCACACCUCGCACAGACGGGAGCUUCAAGGUCCCCGUCCGUUUCGUCCAGGAGUUCCAAAAGAAGGGUGCCGCUCGUAAAUCUCUCGAGAAAGUCUUAGCAAGCUGCGCCUAUAACGUGGAAGAGUUCACGCAAGAACUGUUUGAGAUUGUGGAGACGUAUUUUGAAGAUGAACUCGUUAUUGAGGGGGAAUUUCUUACAGAGCAAGCAAUGCUGGAUGAGGGAGAUCUGGGGGAGAUCGAUGUGGAUAAAGAGGUGAAGCCUCUGGAGAACAAGGAGGUGGCAGACAUGCGGAAAAAGGCAGGUGUACCUGAGAUAGACCCAGAUGCCCUGCCAAGCUCAUAUGCUUCGAAAAUGACGGCGUGUGCCACAAAGCAUGUGAAGAAGCUGGCGGAUAUGAUUAAGAGCUUCGAUGCCAUCCCUUCGGAGGACAUCACCCCUAUCCAGACGCGGAUGAAGGCGAAGCUUGCAAGGCUUCACGAGGCCCUAGACCAGAAGGAUGAAGAAGUAACGAAAAUCCAUGCAGAUGGUGUCAUUGAUGGCUUUGGCAAGGUGAUGAAUGUACCUCUACUCGACAACCUGAAGCUGGUGCUCUCAUGCACCGCCUUGCUGAAAUGGUCGGCUGCCUGCACUGACCUGGUCAGAGUAGCUGAAGCGGCCAGAUUGGAUUCCUGCCAGUGCGAUGCUGUGGCAAGUGCUGCGUGCAUUGGCAAAAAAGAUGCGGAGAAGGCUACUCACAAAGUGCUGGUGAGAUUUGGCUUAUCAUUGCGGGUCAAAAUUAGCUGGGUGGAUCUGGAAUUGAAGGGUGAACCUUUGCGGGUGCCUUUCAUCAAACCAUCAGACUACUUGAAGAAAAUGCUCACAUCCUAUCCUGAUGCUAUUUGGGGCGAUGGCGUUCAGGACGUGCGUCAAAGAUGCAAAUCGUUUUGGAAAGGGUAUUAUUGGUCCCAUCCUACACACACAGCUUUUUCUAGCUUCAGUGACAAUGGAUUGGGUCAGCUGAUCCCCAUACAACUUCAUGGCGACGAAGGGACGGGGUCCAAGAAACAACCGGUCAGCAUCUGCAGCUGGCAGAGUGUUUGGGGCAAAGAAACAGAAGGCACCAAACAUGUGAAAGCUCAAAAGUUUGGCGCCUGUUCGUCUUGUCGAGAAGGAUCUUGCAUCUCCAAGUGCUGCGCAGUGCCUGAGAAGUGCCCGAAGGGCAAGGCUUCUACUAUGCGACUGGAUGCCGAAGAUUUGCUGGAACUUCAGAAGCAGUUGCCUACAUCUUCGGGGCAUUCUUUUUUGCAGAGGCAUUUGAUGUGUGUUUUGCCAACCUACUUGGUCAAAAAAGGCCCUGAAGUGCUGGAGGCUGUGCUUUCAGCUACUGCGCAGGAUUUGCAGAACCUCUUCAUGUCGGGAAUUGAGGCGGGUGGCAAACUAUAUUGCUGUGCAUUGGUGUCUUUGAAAGGAGAUGCCAAAUGGCAUGCCAGCACUGGUCGUUUUGAUCGGUGCUACACCCGUUUGGGAGAUGUGACUUCAAGGCCCAUCUGUCCUGAAUGCCUUGGGGGUGACCCCUCUAUGCCCUUUGAGGAUUGCAGCAGCAAUCCCAAAUGGGUGGAAACACUUUAUGAGACAGUUCCAUGGAGCCCAUCAAGACCUGGCGUGCAGGAGCAAAUUCCGUACGAUGCUACCUGCCCUGCGCGGAAAUACAAGCGAGAUCUUCUGCAUGUGUUCAAAAUAGGGUUAGCUCGAGACAUCACUGGCUCUGGCAUUGUUUUUCUUUGCCGACGCUUGAAAUGGUUUGAUGAAGCUGGUGAUUCCGUUGCCCUUCACAACCGAUUGAAGCGUGCUCACAGCAGGUUUGCCCUGUGGGCUGCUGCAAUGCAUCACAGCCCGAACUUGAGAAACUUCACCAAGGACGGUUUACAUCUAGCUCGAGUGGAUAGUUUCCCAUUCACAAAUUACAAGGGAUCAGACUCCACGCUCAUUCUGCAGUGGCUUAGGACUGAGCUUCGGUUGGUCCAGCGUCAGGACCAGGAAGCCCACAAAGAAGACAUGAGCCUCGUGACAGCGUUGGACCAGGUGUGCGAUUCGGGCUUGCAAAUCUUUCGUAUUCUCUACAGGCAUGGGCUCUGGCUGCCGAGAAAGUGUAUGAGGACUUUACGUGACCACAUUUUGCGAGUCACGCGAGGAUAUAAUUUCCUUGCGCUGCAAUGUUUGAAGCGUUCUUUUCCGGGCUUUGGACUCAAGAGCACGAUUCAUUCGCUGCAACAUUUUGCUAUCGAUCUUGAUAUCGCUCUCCAGAAUGGAUCUCCGUGCUUUCCAAAUUUUCUCAUACAGGACUGCUCUCAGGAUGAGGACUUCAUUGGAAGAACUGCUCGGGUGGCCCGCUCUACCCAUGCCAAGACCACAUCGCUACGGUGCCUCCAAAGGCAUCUAGUGAAGAAGAAGAUGCUCCUCAAAAACAAUCGAGUUAGGUGUGACUGA